AUGAUUCAAUAUGGUGAAGCUGAUGUGAUGGUUGCAGGUGGUAGUGAGGGUGCGGUGUCGCCUUUAGGAAUUGGUCGGGAUGGUUUUGUGAUGGGCGAAGGUGGUGGUGUUCUAGUGUUGGAAGAAUACGAACAUGCCAAGCGUCGUGGUGCAAAGAUCUAUGCCGAACUGAUCGGUUACGGUCGUUCUGCUGAUGCCAAUCAUAUGACAGCUCCUUGUGCCGAUGGUGAUGGAGCGCGCCGAGCCAUGGAUCUUGCCAUCAAAGAUGCCAAGAUUGCACCUGAACAAGUUCAAUAUAUUAACGCACAUGAGCGAGGCGGUGUUUUGGCUGGAGAUAUUAUUUUAUCAGUGGAUAAUCAACCUGUUAUGCAACCGACCGAUGUGGUACGUGCUAUUUCUGAAACAAAACCUGGUGAAUCGGCUCAACUGCGGAUUUAUCGUCAAGGACAAUAUCGCAACUUGACAUUAAAGGUUGAAGAGCUGCAACAAGAUCAGAAAGUAGCCAGUGCUGGCGGCAAAGGAGGGGAAGCCUCUAAGGUGGAUGAACUUGGGCUAAGUGUUGCCGAUAACACCAAACCGAUUGCUCGGAACAUGCCUAAAGGUGUCGUGGUUAAAAAAGCGAUCAAUAAUGCUGCUCAAGCAGGUAUUCGAGUGGGCUUUGUUGUUCUGCGAGUCGGCGAUGAAGAUAUUAACUCGGUGACGGAUUAUCACAAUGCGAUCAAAGCUUACAAAGGCAGCGAUGCGAUCCCAUUGAUGGUAUUUGACGGUCAGCGAGUUGCCUAUGCCUUAGUGGAUGCACGAGGCUAA